ACAACACAGCAGUUGUUGAUGACCAAAAUGCAUCAGAUGUCAUUGACGACCUGUUUGCAGAAAUGCGGUCGUUUAUCGGUGAUGAUGACGAUACAUCGCCGCCUGUCAACCAAGGUCUUGCUACAUCGGUGAGGGAUGGGCUACAAAAACCGGUAAAUCAGGAAAAGUUGAAAGAGCUUUUCGCUAAGUAUAAACGGCCGGAAAACUGUUUAAACCUCCUUGCACCUCGUGUAAAUGAGGAGAUAUGGUGUGAGGCGAGGAAAACAUCUCGUACUUCAGACAUCAAGGCACAGCAACUACAGGGUAUGAUUGCCAAAGCUACCAUACCAAUAGUGCAGUUGAUGGACAAUGUGAUGGAGGACAUGGUGGCGAAGAGAGAGCUAGAUGCCAAAACAGUUCUCAACAAGGCAAAAGAUUCAUUGCGGAUGCUCAUUGCAGCACUAUCAAAUAUGAAUUCUUCAAGAAGGCAAAAUUUUAAACCGGACCUCAGCCUUCCCUUCAAGAAACUGUGUGCCCCAAAUGCAGUUGUAACUAGUGAGUGUCUCUUCGGGGAUGAACUGAACAAAAAGAUCAGGGACAUUAGUGAGGCUAAGCAGAUAACGUCAAAAUUAUCUGCUGGCCAUAGCAAGCAAAAAACAAAUCUGUAUGGGGGCACUAAAAACUUUACAGCCACCCGAUAUUCCCCCUACUCAAAUGAGGGUCAGCUUUCCCGCGGUGGCCGCCGGAACUUCGGUGGUAGUCACACUGUCAGUCAAGCCUCCCGUGGACGGGGACAAAGCUAUCGGGGGAAGACAGCCCAACAACAGUCUUUUUUAGCCAGGCGCCAGAAGGACACGUACAGGAGGUAACUACCCAGGUGAGAAAGCACACAGGCUGUAUUGAUUGUUUGGCUAAUACACCAGAUAACUUCACAGCAGGGAAGACUGGGGUACAUUUGUCAGUUUGGCAAGAUAUUACCUCGGAUCCAUGGAUCCUAACGUGUGUCUCAGGCACUAAAAUUGAAUUCACUGAAUUUUCUUUGCCAAAGCAGUACCACAUCCCAAAACCCAUCCAAUUCAAAGAAAAUGAACUCAGGGAUAUGAGA